AUGGGCACGAUGGCUGAUCCGUCGCUCACCAGCUUCAGCAAUACAACAGCCGUUCAGCAGAGGCUGACAAGGGGGACGACACCGGGCUCCAUUUUCCCAAGCAAUCCAGGCAGUGCUAAUGCAUGUGCGGAGCAGGUCCCAUCCACGCUGUCAGCCAGAAAUACAGAGUCAUACGGAGUACAGCUUUCAGAAUUGCUGGCGUUUGGUGGUGCCGGCGUGUCCGCCGGAUCCCAAUCCCGGGCACCAAGUUCAUGGCUCGAUGAGUUGUCUCAACACCUUGUCGCCAGCUUACCAGUUGCUGGCAAACACAUACAUGGCCCCUCCCAUCUAAGCAGCAGGGCUGAGUGGGUAUGGAGGCUGUCUGCAACAUCGGCUACCUGUCAACGUAUACCAAGUGGUAUUCUUGAAUGCGCUGAGGUUGUGUUGCAAGAGCCAGCCACUAGGAUGCUUCCCCCUUGGGAUGCCGAGAUUGCUGGCAGGGCGGGCGUGCAUCUAUGGGCGUUUGUUAUAUGUGCAUACGCGCACAUAUACAUACAAAGUGCACAUGCCUUUGGCGUGGAUGUGUUAGGCGACGAACCAACUGGAGACAGCAAAAUUGCGGAUUACGAGUACUCGGUGCUGCUAGGCCAUAAUACCAUCACAACACGAGUGGCAGAUGGGAAAACAGCGUCUGAAUGUCCAGCGAUGAGAAGCCCACAUCACGUUGGCGCCGAUUAA